AUCAAAAUGCGGAAUACGAGAGAUGGCGAAUCUGAAUCAGAAAAUGAAGUUAUAGAUUCCACCAUCAUGUCCAGAAUAGCCCUAAGUAAAUCAAUGAUCCCUAAGCUUGAGACCCCAGUCACAGUACAGCAAGUCAUCUCUAAGAUUGAGGGAGCACAACUCUUUCGAGCCAGACAGGAUGUUAGUAUGCAGCUCAGUGAUAUAAUGCAAAGUGUGCAGCGGAUAAUCACUCGCUACACUGUUGAUGAGACCCUGCACUCUAGAAGGAAAAUCUCCUUUACAGAAUAUAAGAGACGGAGAAUGAAUUUACUGGAGAAAAUAACUGCUCAUGCUAAUUCAACUGAAAUUAAAGAAAAUACUCUUGUCCAUAUCCUGGCAUGGUUGGAAGAAUGGAAUGGCAUUUUGUCUGAGAUGACUGCAGUUGAUGUCGAUGAACACCACCGCUGGAUAGCACAAUUGGAGAUUUUACCAGAAACGUUCAGAGCCAUUGAGAGCAAUGUCAACAUACUGAUUAGAAUUAGUAGCUCUUUGCUCCAAGAAAAGAAGAAACAAAAGAAAAAAAUAACAUCUAGAGGUAUUCUUUGGAAAUCUUGGAAAGAAAGAGUUAUAAAGCGACCUGCAACAGCCAAUGCUUUAAGACCAGAUCAGAUGAUUAGUGAUGAAUUUGCAAGAAAUAUAAAGGUUUCAGAAAUCCAAGGUAUGCUACAGGAACUCAUAGAUACUGCAAUGUUCAAUAAAUUGGAAAACAGUGCUAUUAAAUAUAUAUCAUCAACAAUAGUAAACCUUUCUAAAGCACUGAGUGCACUAAAGGAUGAAGUAAAUCUUAUUGACUUCCAAAGUGCCAAUGUGUAUAUAUAUGAGACCAAUAAAAGAGAAAAAGAGCUCUCCCUGAAGAUAAUACAAGAUCUCAGUGAAAAAAAUGUAAUGCUUCAGCAGAAACUUCAAUAUGCAGAAGAAAAAUGUGAGCAACUUAUUCGAUCCAAAGUAUCUACAGCGAUACCCACAUCACCCUUGAACAUAUUAUCUGAGCUUUCUAUACAAUCGUCCAUGGCCAUUAGCAAAGCUGAUAAAGAAGACAUUAUGGACAGUAUUUUGGCUAAACAAUUAGAAAAUAUUAUAGAUGAGACCCCCAGAAAAGGGACCAAAGUCUCAGGGAUCAAGUGGGACUCAGCUAUUUCAUAUACAGCCCAAGUUGAAAUGACUCCAGAUUUAAUUGAACAGCGAUCCCCUUUACCUGGGAAAAAAAAGAAAACAUCUUCUAAAGAUAUCACUGAAGAUAAGGUAUUACUGAAGAAAGAUGGCAUCUAUCAGAAAGAUGGGACUGACCAGUAUCAAUCACAGAAAAGAAGGCGUACAAAAGGACCACAUGUGUGGGAGACUUCUGUAUCAAGUCUGAGUGGAGAUAAAGGUAAACAGAUAGUCUCAGAGCCCAAAGCUGAUUACCAGUUUGAGCUACAAGCACUGGAAAAGAAGAGUAAAGAAAGAAAAUCCUUUUCUGAAGCCAAAUCAAAGUCAUCCACUGAGUCAAAAGAUCAACGUGUAUCUGCUGAUUUCCCUUCUACUGACACAAAGAGCCAAGGUGGCAAAAGUGGAACAAGUAGUAUGUGGGAACAAGCCAGGAAGGUCAAACUUGAAUAUUUACUUGGGAAACGCCAAAUUUCUUCAGAGAAUAAAGAGGAGCCCACCACUGAGUCAAUAGAGAAAGAGAGCAAAAGUGAGACGAUCGGCACCACAGAGCCAUUCAGGUUGAUCCAACGUGAUCAUCUCGAUGAGAAAGUGAAAACAAAAGGAAAGGAAUAUCAAAUCUCUCCAGGAACUACUGCAAGCAAAGAAGAAGAAACUGAAGAGAAGGAUACAUCAAUCAUCACCAAGAAGUUCAAUUCUCAUGAACUUGUUAAAUCACAAUCUGGGAUAACUGAAGAGACUUCAGAAUCUACCAGGGGUCUAGAAAGUUCUGAUGAAAAAGGUGAACAAAAUAACCUAGAAGAAUUUCAGAAAGCAAUAAUAGCUUUCCUGAAAGAGAAAAUUGAUAACACAGAAAAGCCUUUGGAUGAAAAGACUGUGCCAGAAAAGGAGUUAUUACUUAACAAAGCAGAAGUAGAAAAAUUAGAAAUCAUAAAGGCAAAAAUGGAGGAAUAUUUCCAAAAUGUGGCUGAAACUGUGAUAAAAAUCUUGAGAAAACACAAAGAUAUAAAAUAUGCAGAACAAGUUGGAGAGGAACCUAUGAAACAAAAACUCUCAUAUAUGCCAGGAUUGCAUAUUCAGAAGCCAAUUCAUGUAAAUUCUAAAAUUAGCACUUUACUCUCAUCUGAGAGCAUGGACCCAAUAGUUCACAAUUUAAUACAAAUGAUCUUGACUGAAAUAGAAAGUGAAAGAGAUGCUUCAGUAGUCUCGAUAGCAGAGACACACCAUGAGAAAAAGGAAAAACAAAGACGGGAGGAAUAUCUGCAAGAGGGUCAAGAAAAAAUUUUUGAUAUAAAUCUUAAAGACCAGUUGGGUAAAAAAAGGAAUCUCUGGAAGAAGAGCUAUAAGAUGAUAAAAAAGAAUUUGAAGAAGGAAAAGGAAUGGCUCCAGAUGAAGGAAGGAAAGAAAAAGCAACAGAAGUAUCAGUGGCAGGAGGAAGAGAUGUGGGAGGAACAGCAAAAACAUAGGAUAGAAAAGCACAGUGAGCAAGAUGAGAAGCAAAAGCAAAUGGAAGAAGAGGAAGAAGAGCAGCAGAAGCAAAAGCAACAGCAGCUGAAAGCAUGGGAGCAAACAGUGAAAAAGCAAGGGGUGCUCUUGGAAAAGAAGGGACAGCAGAUGGGACAGGUUCAGAAGGAAGUGAAACAUCUGGAGCUGGAAAGCAGGUGGGAGAAGGAGGAGGAAAAGCAGAAGCGGAGGAGAAAGGCAGAGGACCAUGAAAGGCAGUGGCAGAAAAAAGGAAAGGAUCAGAUGAAGAUUAAGAAGGAAAACUCUGAAGAACUAAAAGAGAUUUUCGGCCUCAUUUCAGUGCCAUUGUCUCUCAGGAAGAACACAUGGAACGAUGCAUCCCAGCUACACAAAACACAAAACUUCCAUGGGGAUCUUAAGACAUUAGAGAGUCUUGCUGAUGAAGAGCACCCCAUGCCAAUCACUUCUCCCACCUUCACACAGUCUUCCUCACCUGGGCCCUUUCCUAUUUCUGGACAGUCCCCUACAAAGUCCAUUGCUGAUUUUCAUGAAGAGGCCCAGGCACUGGGAAUCACUGUCACCCCUGAGCAGGCCCAGGCACAAGAGAUCACUGUCACCCCUGAGCAGGCCCAAGCACUUGGGAUCACUGUCACCCCCGAGCAGGCCCAGGCACUGGGAAUCACUUUUACCCCUGAGCAGGCCCACACACAAGGGAUCACUGUCACCCCUAAGCAGGCCCAGGCCCAGGGGGUCAUUCUCACCCCUGAGCAGGUCCAGGCACUGGGCAUCACUUUCAUCCCUCAACAGGCCCAGGCACAAGGGAUCACUCUUACCCCUCAGCAGGCCCAGGCAUUUGGGAUCAUUGUCACCCCUGAGCAGGCCCAGGCUCUUGGGAUCACUGUCACCCCUAAGCAGGCCCAGGCACAAGGGAUGAAUGUCAUCCCUGAGCAGGCCCAAGCACUAGGCAUCACUUUCAUCCCUCAGCAGGCCCAGGCACAAGGGAUCACUCUUACCCCUGAGCAGGCCCAGGCACUUGGGAUCACUGUCACCCCUGAGCAGGCCAAGGCACAAGGGGUCACUCUUACCCCUGAGGAGUCCCAGGCACUUGGGGUCAUUGUCACCCGUGAGCAGGCGCAGGCACAGAGCAUCACUCUCACCCCUCAGCAGGCCCUGGCCCAGGGGAUCACUCUCACCCCUAAAGAGACCCAGACACUGGGGACCACUGUCACCCAUGAGCAGGCCACAGCACUAGGGAUCACUGUCACGCCUAAGCAGGCCCAGGUACUUGGGGUCACUGUCACCCCUCAGCCGGCCAAGGCACUUGGGGUUACUGUCACCCCUAAGCAGGCACAGGCACAAGGGAUCACCGUUACCCCUAAGCAGGCACAGGCAGAAGAGAUCAUCAUCACCCCUGAACAGGCCAAGACACAGGGGAUCACUGUCACCCCUAAGCAGGCACAGGCACAAGGGAUCACCAUCACCCCUAAGCAGGAACAGGGACAAGGGAUCACCGUCACCCCUAAGCAGGCACAGGGACAAGGGAUCACCGUCACCCCUAAGCAGGCACAGGCACAAGGGGUCACCAUCACUCCUGAGCAGGCCAAGACACAGGGGAUCACUUUCACCCCUAAGCAAGCACAAGGGAUCACCAUCACCCAUGAGCAGGCACAGGGGAUCACGAUCACCCCUAAGCAGGCACAAACACAAGGGAUCACAGUCACCCCUGAGCAGGCACAGUCACAAGGAAUCACUGUCACCCCUGAGCAGGCACAGUCACAAGGAAUCACUGUCACCCCUGAGCAGGCACAGUCACAAGGAAUCACUGUCACCCCUGAGCAGGCACAGGCACUUGGGAUCACAGUGACCCCUCAUCAGGCCCAGGUAUUUGGGAUCACGGUCACCCAUGAGCAGGCCCAGGCACUUGGGGUCACUGUCAUUCCUGAGCAGGCACAGGCACUUAGGGUCUCUGUCACCCCUGAGCAGGCCCAGGCACAAGGGUUCACUGUCACUCCUCAGCAGGCCAAGGCCCAGACAAUGAUUCUCACCCCUCAGCAGGCCCAUGCAUUUGGGGUCACAGUUACCCCUGAACAGGCACAGGUGCUAGGGAUCACUGCGACCCCUCAGCAGGCCCAAGCAUUUGGGAUCACUGUUACUCCUGAGCAGUCCCAGGCACUUGGGGUCACUGUCACCCCUGAGCAAGCGCAGGCGCAAGGCAUCACUGUCACCCCUGAACAGGCCCAGGCUCUGGGGAUCACUCUUACCCCUCAGCAAUUACAGGCACAGGGCAUCACUCUUACCACUGAACAGAACCAAGCACUGGGAGUCCCUAUUGCCCCGCAAAAUGCCUGGAUGUCAGCUGUCACACUUACUCCUGAACAGACCCAGGCUUUGGGGACCCCUCUCACCUCAGAUAGAGUGCAUGCCUUAGGACCUCCCAUUACCUCUGACCAAGUCCAACCUUUGGGAGCCCCCUUUACCCCAGGACAGGCCCAGCCCGUGGGUAUUACUCACAUACCACCUCAAGAAUCAAAGGCUUCUCUUCCCUCUGGGCAACCCAUGACAUCAAGAACUAGGCGACCCCUGGCAUCAUCUGUUUGUACUGCUGAGAAGUCCUCAAUGUUUGAGGUCUCUUCUACUCCUUUGCAGAUAUCAAGGUCUCCUGUUACCCAAGCCCUCUUUGUCCCUAGGAAAUCCCUAGGAACGGAGACGACUCCUUACCCUAGGAAGGUCGCAGCACCACAGACUUUUCCUUCCUCUAGACAGACCCUGGUUUCUAAGAGUCAAUCCACCUCUGUGCAGUUGCUAGCACCAGAGGUCCCACCCACCGUGACUGGGAAGCUUCCUAUAUCUGGGGCUCCUCCCACUCCAGGACAGCCCCUUAUAGCUGAAGUCCCACCCACCACCUCACAGAUCCCCACUCUCUUGGAUCCUCUCUUUCCUGGGAAGCCCUUGGCUCCUGGGACCUCUUUCAUCCCUGGGAAACUCAUGGAAUCUGGACCCUUAAUCUCCUCUGAGCAGCCCCAGGCAUUUCAGCCCCCUGCUACCUGUGAGCAAUCUCCCUAUCUACAAACCCCUUCUACCCUUGGGCAGCGUCUGACACCAUGGACUCUUCCCGGGCAAGCUUCCCCACUACAGACCUCUCCCACCCCUGGGCAUCCCUCAACACUAUGGGCCCCCUCAACUCCUGGACAGCCCCAGAAAGAUUUGCCCUCUUCUGUUUCUAAGAGAAGACUGGCAACUGUUUCUUCUCUGAAAUCUCAAUCAACAUUGGUCCAUCCCAGUGCUCCAAAUUUCAAGGUACCUCAAGCCCCUUUUACCACUAAGAAGAUCCAAAUAUCAGAGGUCUCUGACACUUCUGAAGAAACCCAGUUACUCAAUGAUCCUUUUGCCAUGGAACAAUUUAGAACAUUUCAGUCCUAUCUCACCAAUGAUAGGACACCAGUAUCAGAAACCCCUUACAUUGAUGAAGGGGCUCUUCCUACUCUUAUGAAGCCUAUGACAUCGCUGCCUGCUCUUACUACUCCACUACCCAAAACAUCACAGAUCUCAUCUUCUGAAUGGGACCAGAAAUUCCGAUUCCCCCCUAUAAACAAGCCCUGCAUACUGACUUCAGUUCCAGGUACCAAGAAACCCAAGAUGAUGGUACCCCCUUCCUCUCCCCAAGAGCUCAAAGAGCAGAGGUAUUUUGUUGAUGUGGGCGCUCAGAGGAAGAACCUGAUACUCUUACAUCAGGCCACAGAAACUUCUGGACUUCCUUCAGAACUACAGACAACAGCUAGGAAUCUCAUAAUUGAGACCCUUUAUACGGACACAUUUCGGCUGGGAUACCUGUUCCGCAAGUACAUUGCCUAUAGGCUGAUCCAGCGUGCAAGAAACAACAUCAACAAACGAUUACAAGCCAUCCAAAACAGUGGGAAAGGUUAUGAGAUGCAGAACCUCUAUAUAAUGCUGAGCAGAAUUGAUGACUACCAGAAAAAGAUGAUGGCAGUCUGGAUCAAGAAGCAGAAGUCUCUAGAGCAGAAACGGAAUCAGUGCCUGAGGAAAAUGAUGUACUUAUUUAGCCAGAUCCAAGAGAUGCAUAAAUUGAAUCUUAGUCAACCUAUCCCUUUGAUCAUCAACAAAAACCAGAUACCUGCCCCUACCAAAUUUGUUCAACAGCCAUUCCUGGAGCUACUAGAAAAGGACAGAAGAUCUGACAUAUUCAAGAAAUUUAGACAAGAAGACCACAUGGAAGCCCUCUGGAACGCUGAUCAGUCCACUUCAAGCUACCCAAUAACAGAGAAGACGUCAAUAAAUUCACUCUGGGCCCAGCUGGGUGGGUACCCAGCUAUUCCUAUGCUGCUCCAGUUAGAUGUUCAGUCUACCUUCAGAAAAUCUCUUGCAUCCGUUCAAUCACAGCUUAAGAAGAUUCCCAAGUGA